CAACUUAUCCUUAGGCAAGAGUCAAGACGUGUCAAAUGUGUUUUGAACUGUGUAUUGCUUGAAAAUUCUAAAAAUAAAUGUCCCUUAUUUCAAAUAUAAAUCGAUUAUUUAAAAUAUUAAGCAAAAGGACUGCAGGAUAGUGACUUGUAACAAGCUUCGCGUCAAAUGUAUUAUGUUGUAAUUGUGCCUGUAAUUAUUGAUUUUGUUAAAUAGUGUUUUGGUGUAUCUAGGACAUUGUAUAAACUAGAUUUUUUUAAAAUGACAGUCAACGUUCUCAACUUUUUCUCAGAUCGAAAAUCUGUAUUUUGGGCGUAUGUGUUUUGGUUGUUUGGUGGUAUUUUUGGCUUGCACCAUUUUUAUUUACGGCGGGAUAGACAUGCAUUUAUUUGGUGGUCAACUCUUGGAUUCUUUGGAGUUGGUUGGCUGCGAGAAGUUUUUCGGAUCCCACGCUACGUGAGAGAUGCCAACGACGACCCUCAGUCUAUUCAAGAUUUGAUUGGCAGAAUGCGACAAAACAAAAAGCCUCCUUUUUCUAUGAAUCGAUUCACUGGUAUGUUGAUGGUUGGAUACUCUUGGGGACAAAUGAUGGCGCUAGCAAUACCUCCUGAAGAGUUUUGGGGCAUCAAUUGGAAAUAUUUUAACUGUCUGGUUCCUAUUGUAGUAGCUCUUGGUGUAUGGACCGUUGGUAAUAUUGGUCGUGAACAGGGUGCCUUGAAAUGGCCGCUGAUUGCAGCAUUGGCCGCAUAUCCCGUUCGCUAUUACGUCUACGAUGAAACACUCUGGUUUACAUUUAUGAUUGUGGCUGCAGCAUGGGCUUUUGAUACAUUUAGCAAGGAAUGGCGCAGAACACCUCAUAAGAAAACACAUAUUGCCAAGCGGGUGGCAAUAUUAAGUUUGUGUGCCAGUUUGUACAUAUCGCUGUGGUGUGGCUAUCUAUACUUCCAUGGAACCAUAACUGAUAGUGAUGGUGAUGAAAUACCCAUAUAUGAAGCUUUACAUCACUUCUAUACAAGCCCAUGGUGGCUUGAUUUAAAACAAAGCCUCUUGGAUACCUAUCAAUACGCCCAGCAUCAUGGCUGGUAUGAGGUUUGGAAGCAAAUAAUUGAUCUGUCUGAUCCACACGGGGAACAAAAUGCCUACAAAGUACUAGGCUUGGGCUUUGACGCAAGUCAGCAAGAGAUAACGUCAACUUGGAGGAAAUUAUCUCGGCAGAAUCAUCCCGACAAAGUUAAGGAUGCUAAACUGCGGCGCGCGGCUCAAGAACGGUUCAUGGAAAUUCAAGAAGCUUACGAAAUACUCUCGAAUAGUAAACACAGAAGAAACAGACGGAACAAGAAAGACAAUUCUGAUUUACAUGAAGAUCGGAAUAAGUGAACACAGUCAAAUCUCAGUAAUUUAGAAUAGCUUCAACUAAUUUUCAUAUAGAAGUUUACAAGAAGUAUUAGAUAAGAUUACUAAAAAAUAUGAUGCUCUAGAAAUAUGGCGUUGCGAAUUAUGGAUUUGUAAAGGAACUAAGUAAUCAUAGCUUAAUCGUAAUUUUAAAGCAUUAAAAACAUUUUAUUCGUAUAAUAAAGUAUAUGUCUGUAUGUAAUACGUCUUAUUCUAGUGAUUAUUGUAUUAUUAUUAUUAUAUCGUAAUUUUAUCCUUGUAUGCAUUUUGUAAGUUCUAACUAUGUAACAUCAAAUUACUGCGUAAGUGUUUGUCGAUUUAACUUCAAACUUCAGUAAAAUGUCGAAAGCACUUGAAGGUUGGGUUGACUUUUUUAUUUCUAUAUAACUAUACGCCGUCGUGGCCGCUAUAUAUGGAUUCACAUAAUAAUUGAAUAAUAUAUGAGUGUUUUUUGAUACACAAAACUUCUAUAUGUAUUUUUUAGUUGAUUAGCUAAUGUAACUAGAUCUGAAUUUAUGUAUUACUUGCGUAUCGAAUUAAUGAAAUCGAUUAUUUUAAGUACCUUAAGUUAGUUUGAGAUUGUUGGUUAAUAAUUUUAAAUUUAUCUAUAGAUACGAUAGACCUAUAAAGUAAUGAUCGAUUAGCACUAGUCGUCGAGUACCUACUGUAUUGAUGCUCGUUUACAAGUGAACGUUAUCUAAACUUGUACUAUAUGUCCACCUUUGUAACAUAUCAAAAUAAUGUCUAUGUUUAAGUGUUUAUUAUUGUGAAAUUAUAUACUUUUUCUUUAUAAAUAGAAAGCUGGAAGCUCAUCUGGUCACCGGCGCUCAUAUACACGCCAGAAGGUGUAGAAUCUGUUAUUUGUAACAUAGGUUUGAUAAAAUUGGAGCAUUAUAUACAGAGCUCAAGCGGCCAAACUUUUCGUCAAUCUGUCUUCUAUUAUAUCUUCCAUUUUAUAUACAAUAAUUAAUAAGUUUACUUGAAUUUAAGUGUGUAUAACGUCUUUUGAUUAUUAAUAACAUUGUACUUAAUAUUUCUGUAUUAAAUGUUGUUUGUUAAACGUUUAACGUUUCACCAACAAAAUUAUAUUGCUCAACUUUAUAGUAGGUUAACUAUACUAAUUUAGCGGGGAGAGACGCGCAAAUAUUAUUUAUCCAUUAUGUAUUUAAUGAAAAUUCAACAUUCGAUAAAUCAAAUAUCGAUUUUAAAGUCAUUCCUAAAAUAAUAUACAUUCCAACCUAAGUAAUAAACCUAACGAUAUCUGUAAUACGUCCAUCAAAAUUAGUUCUUAGUUGAAUAUCAAGUAGGAGAAAAUCUCAUAUUAAAGAAAAAUCAAGAACUUCUAGGUUGUGCUAAAUAUGAUUACCGAUUAAAUUUAUAUACUACGUACGUCUGAUUUGUGUUGUUAUUGUUAAGACAUCUUAUUUCCGUGCAUUUAAAAACCAAAAAUAUUUAAUAAAUACCUUAUUGUUAAGAUAAUAUAUUUUCAUUAUAGAUUAUUUUUGGGGGAUGAGGUCUCUUUAUAUUUUUUACGAGUUAUUUAUAUGUGAACUCAUUUUCAUGAUGGUUGUAAGAACGUACUUAAUCUUAAAUAUUUAAAAUAACCUUUUACUUUGUACCUUUUAGGAUCGUUUAAAGUAUCUCAUAUCCGUCGAUAUUGUAUUUCUAUAUUUUAUACUUAUUUAUAUUUAUUAUAAAAAUAUUACAUGUAUUCUUGAUGUACUUAUUCAAUUUUGAUUUUGUAAUAGUUAUUGUAACUUAUUUUUUUAUAAAUAAAUAUUUUACUAUUCAUUUAA